GAGAGAGUGAGUGUGAGGGAGGAACUCAGAAUGAUUCAUGUUAUUCUCUAAUAUUCUGUAAAUUAUUCAUAUUAAAUCAGCAGAUAUUGAAGUGGACUGUGUGUACGGGCGUGUUCAGGCGCUUUAUUGGACAGUUUGCGGUGCAGGUCGAGCUGCAGGGCGGGUUUAGGUUGAAAUACGCUGGGUGAGGUGGUGUAGGAGAGAGGGGAGGAAUGGCGGCUCCAUUAAAACCUAUGAAAGGCAUUUUAAAGAAUAAAAGUCAGACUGAAGCGUGUGCUGAAGUCCAGCCGGAGUGCACUGAACCCGACGGACUCGCUUUAUCUGAGGACGAUCAACAGAAGAAGUCGCAGAAAUGGGACGAGAUGAACAUCCUGGCUACGUAUCACCCGGCAGAUAAAGACUACGGCCUGAUGAAGAUCGACGAGCCCAGCACGCCCUACAACCGGAUGGUCGGAGAGGAGGACGAUGAUGAAGUCCACAGCGAUUCAGAAGGGAACCCCGGCCUCACUGCGGACGAUCUCGCCCAAAAACUGGCGGUGGCCGAAGGUUCGGGUCCGCGCUGUAUGAGGGAGGAGGAGGAGGAGGAGAGCAGCGAGGAGGAGGAAGAGGAGCUCAGUCCAGAGGAUCAAGCCAAGAAGAAGCACUUUGAGAUGAUGAGGAAGAUGCACUACAACGAAGGGCUGAACAUUAAACUGGCACGGCAGCUGAUCGCCAGCGAGCUGGACGAGGAGGAGGAUGAAGACGAGGAGAUGAAGGACGACACCGAGACAGAAGAUAUAAACGUAGAUCCUCCUCAGGAUGCAGAUUCGCUGGAGUCGUAACGGAGGACGCGGUUCUUCAGGGUGACUGAAGGUCCUGGACCGCUGGAGGACUGAACGAGGAUCCGCCGCUCCAUCCCGACCCUCCCGUAUUAAACAAGCACUGCAAUGCAAAGCCACGCCCACCCGCCGGCUUCUUCCUCUGGUGCCAUCAGUGUGCUGUGUUACCGCGUCCCGCAGAAAAUCGACCCGAGCUGUAGACUCCCGGCCGAGAGGUCACGUCGUGACCGUUUCCCCCACACGCGUCUCAUCAGUUCUCACCAACCGGCGACUGGAACCGACGGCGACGUCCACGUUCUCCACGGACGCCAGUGAAUCCCUUAUAAACGUGAACGGAAAUGAAAUUGUACACGACGUUCCUCCUGACGUUCCUCAGACGUUCUCACUAAGAACCAUGAGCUUUCUCCUGGAGCCACCAAGGAUUCUGAUUGGUUAGAAAAUGAUUUGAUGUAAACUGUGUAGUAGAGCACGUUACCAGAACUCCCAAGCUCUCGGGUUCCGAUCUCGGCUCUGCUAUCAGCCGGCCAGGCCCCUACACAGACCCAUGAUUGGCUGUGUCUGUAAAGGGAGGGACAAAUGGGGUUCAUGUCGAUUGGUCGAGGUUGUCGAGACCUGUGUUGUGCACCACCAUCGAUCAGCCAGCAGAGCCCCACCAUACAAGCCUAUAAUUGUCUGUAUAGGUGCCCGGCUGGCCGAUAGCAAAGCUGAGAUUCGAACUCAUGAUGUUAACUCUGGUGAACGCCACCCGAGCGCCCAAGUCAAACAUUCGUUAGAUAUGAAUGAUGUGAGGGGUAAACUGAUCCAUUUUUCACAAACUAAAACAUAAAAGCGGUUCGUAUGUUGUUUACAGCCGUGAAAUGUAAAUUUUAGGAAUCUUUUAUUGCCCCUAUUACGCCCCAGUUCCCCCCCCAGCACUGGUUACAUCCAGCACUGCUCCACACACAGGAGCGUCGGAGGCGAUUUGACCCCCGUUAUGACAUUUUAGUCCCUCUAGAUCAGGGUUUUUCAAAGUGCAAAAUAAUAAUAAUUGAAUAAACUUGUACAUUAACGCCCCCUUGUGGAGGCUUUAUGUUACAGCUUGUAAACCACAGUUAGACCAGAUUUGUAAAACCCUGAUCUAGAUAGAUAAAAAAUCUGAAUUUAUUAUUAAUGUAAACGUGAACAUGAAUUUAUUGUAGAAGUUUGAAGACUCCAGGGAGGGCGUGGUAACCACACGUCUGAUGGUCUGAGGUUGAGGUAGGAGGAACGUCGUGUGCAGUGCGGUUCUGUUCUAAUUCUAAGUCUUUAUCUUUGGUUGGUUGGUUGAGCUCUACUGUACACGUGGCGUCGUGAGCGAUCAUUAAAUCUGUGCUUUAAUCAUCAUCGGCUAAACGGCGGCGCUUUUCUAAUUUAUUAUCAAACUAAACUGUAUGAACUACUGAGUCCAGAUUUCAGGAUCGUCCAGGAUCGGAUCGACUGUCGAUUCUUCUAGGAACGUUCUGGAGGAUUCCUUGAAGGACGAUUUUUUCUAAGUUAAGGGGCUGUACUGAGCAGUUUGCUUAAUUGGUGCACUGUGAGUGGUUUAGUUCCACACCACGUAGCAGACACGAUGCAAUUCGGGACGCAGCCUGAAAAUCCCUUGUAAACGGUAAAAAUAAAGUGUGAAGUGUGUCUCUGGACAGGUAAAUAGAACUGAAGCAAACAGUAAGCCUAUUUCCCAAACGUUCACUUUUAAGACAUUUAAGAUGUAAAUAAAACUUCAGUCCCGAUCAAACCCUAAAUAUUAUCUGCUUCAGUUUUCUUCUGGUUCAAGUAAUUCACACCUGAUUUUAUUCAUUAUGAUCCCCUACAUUCAUUCAGUGUCUGUUUUACCACCGCUUUAUCCUGGUCAGGGUCGCGGUGGGUCUGAGUUAUAGCGGCGAGAGGCAGGAAACACUCCGGACAGGUUGCCAGUUCAUUCGAUUUUCAUUUUCCCUUCAUGCACUACAGUCUUAAGCAGGCGUGUGUUUUGAUUUUAUGGGUGCAGAUUUUGCCAUUUUUUUCUGUACAGAGCCGCAUUACAAUAAACACGCCGACGAGUUUCAGAUCAUCAAGGUUUCGUGUUCAAUAUGAACAUCGUGAGCAGAAGCAGCUCGACGUUCAGAAUGACGUUCGAGUCUCGGCUCUGCUAUCGGCCGGCCGGGCGCCUACACAGACAUGAUUGUCUGUGUUUGAUGUUGGGAGGGCUGAAAGUAUCCUCGUUACUGCUGCAGUGGCGGCCUCUGCUGGCUGGUCGGGGCGCUGCACAGAGACGGUGAAUAAUGGAGAGCAGUGCGUGACUCUCUGUACUGUCUGAACACAUCGUGCAGUAGAGGAGAUGCAACGGGAAUUGGAUAUGACUAGAUUGGUAAUACAGUAUAAUAAUGUGGUUUCUAUUGGCUGGUUAAACUCUGGGCACAGAGCAGUGGGCGCUCAGAACUUAAAAUGCUGGACCAGUAAUCGGAAGGUUGCUGGUUCAAGUCCCCCCACCUAGUUGCCACUGUUGGACCCUUAACCUUCAAUUGCUUCUAUAGAACUUAGAAUAAAGCUUCUGCCAAAUGGUGUAAAUGUAACUCAAUAUAAUCUUCAUCUCCCAAGUUCUCCAGUUCCCAAUUGUGAAUCCUUCACUGCGUGCUUAAGUACUAAUCUGAUUAAGGAGAUCCGGAUCACCACACGCUCCCGUCUGACAUGCAUGCAAUCUGCUGACCAUUCUUAUCACCUACCAGUGUUGGGUCCCCACACAGAGAGCCGUAUUGCGUACGGAGAGCCACGCUAAGCUCCACUCGUGCGGUCAUCCAGAUUAGUCCCAGAGAUUCGCCUGAUUGUGUUAGUCUGGUUCCCGCCAGGUCGGUGGCUCUGCUAAUAUUCGAACUCUGCUGCCCCACCCAAAAAAUACAUUUAUUUAAUGAUGAUGUACAGUGACACUCGUCAGAACAUGUAGUUUUUAUUUAUGAUGCUAAAUCGUUGCUAUAAACACCAGUCAGCUCAUCAGCUUCCUUUGCUUCUGGCUGCACUGCUCAACUAAACCUUAAUGCACAAAUGAUUAUAAACUGUGGUAAACAACACACAUCGUAAACCUGUGUUUUUUCUUGCCUGAACGUUUAGGUUUGUUCACUCGUCUCUUGACUGUAGCAGCACUUUUGUUUACAUGAUUAAUUUUUUGGUGUGUGAUAUUUUGCCGUCGGCUCGUCUUGUCCGUAACCUCCGCUCAUCCAGCGGGCUCUGACACUGAGCAAUCUAAUAAAGAACAUCAGAGUAAUAAUAAAUAAUCAAUAUCAGACGGUGGUGGGACUGAAAUCGUCCGGGUUUGAAGUGUGGUGGUGGUUGGGAGGGUUCUGGGUGUGUGCAGAAGGGCUGGAUGAAGAAUCCUCUGUAUGUUUGUGUACGUUUGUAAAUCUUUAUAUGUGUGGGAUUAUUUUCUCAUGCCGUCUCGUUGCCUUUCUCUUUCUCUUUUUGCUUUUUUUUUUUUAGACUCUGGCACCUUUAAUAACAUCUUCACUUUUUUUUUUAAUGUUUGCAUGUUCUCCACCUUGGGAUAUGUAAAUUCAUCAUUAUUAAAGUAUGAUUUGAAGA